UUGCAGUUCCAACCAGUCAACCCCCGGCCCUUUUUGCAGGCUAGAGUCGGUACCGAGGUUAUCAUCCGCCUGAAAUGGGGCCAGACCGAGUACAAGGGCCAGUUGGAGAGCAUCGAUUCGUACAUGAACGUGUUGUUGAGGGAUACGGAGGAGUACAUUGACGGCAAGCCGACGGGGUCUUUGGGACUUGUUUUGAUUAGCAGAUGUAACAAUAUCCUCUGGAUGGGAUCAGCCGACAGCGUGGAAAUGACGGAACUGGGGUUAAAAUAA